AUGUCGGAUAUCAAGCUCUACGGUCCGGUCCUGGGAAGCGCAGCUUUUAGCCUGGCAUCCAGGUCUACCUCUCCAGAUGAGAUUGGUACUUAUCAACCCGAUGAGGGUACGGAAGUUCCGAACGAUGAGACGGCUUCUAGAGAGGAGGCCUCCAGGGUGGACACUUUGCUGAGGCAAGUCUCCCGGCUUUCUUUCUACGAACCCGAUUUAACAGUGAAUCCCGAAAACUUUGAUUUACGCAAGCUUCUUUACACUUACAUGAAGCAAAGCGAGAUGUCUGGCGUGAAGCUCAGAGACAUGGGCGUCUCGUUUGAGAACAUGACCGUCAGUGGUAUAGAUCAGCUGUACGCCUUCUUACCGACGGUUACCGACGUUGUUCAGCUUCCGCUUACCAUCUACCGUGCUCUCCGUUCAUUGUCCGUCAAACCGCAGAGAGACAUCUUGCGUGAGAUGAACGGCUACGCCAGAAGCGGUGAGAUGGUGCUUGUGUUAGGAAGACCAGGCUCUGGAUGCUCCACCUUCCUCAAGGCCUUGUCGGGAACGGAUGUCAAGAUGUACACUGGCAUUUCCGGCGACAUUGAGUACGAUGGGUUGCCCAGAGAGAGCAUGCUUAAGCAUUUCAAGCAGGACUUGAUCUACUGUCCUGAAUUGGACAUUCAUCUUCCUCACCUUACCGUUGAACAGACAUUGGACUUUGCCAUCAAGUGUAAGAUGCCCGCCAAGCGUGCCAAUGACAUGUCGAAGCAGGAGUACGUUGUGUUCAUGAGAGAGAUGCUUGCUACCGUUUACGGUUUGCGUCACACAUACAAGACCAAGGUCGGUAACGAUUUCAUCCGUGGUGUCUCCGGUGGUGAGAGAAAGAGAGUCUCUAUCGCUGAGGCUUUGGCUUGUCAGGGUACCGUCUACUGUUGGGAUAACGCUACCCGUGGUUUGGAUGCAUCCACAGCUCUUGAGUACGCUCAGGCCAUCCGUGUUUCGACUGACAUAACUAGAUCCACUGCAUUUGUGACUAUCUACCAAGCUUCGGAGAAUAUCUAUGAGACCUUUGACAAAGUGACCGUGUUAUACAAGGGCCGUCAGGUCUACUUCGGUCCAACUCUGACUGCUAAAGCCUACUUCGAGAAGAUGGGCUUCGAAUGUGCUCCUAGACAAUCGACGGCUGAGUUUUUGACGGCCAUCACGGACCCUCAUGGUCGUAGACCAAGAAAGGGAUACGAGAACAAAGUUCCACGCAAUGCGGAUGAUUUUGAGGCAUACUGGUUGGCGUCUGAGGAAUUCAAGGCGCUCAAGCAGGAGAUCCAGGACUACAAGGCUGAGAAGAAUCCUGAUGAGACAAAGCGUCGUUUGAUCGAUUCGAUCAAACAGGAGAAACAGUCUGGUCAAAGAGUUGGAUCUCAUUAUACCGUUAACUUCUUUGAACAAUACAGUUUGAACACUAGAAGAGCAUUCCAGAAUAUCAUGGGUGACAAGGCAUACACGGUGACACAAAUUAUUGCUGCAAUUCUGCAAAGUUUGAUUGUCGGUUCCUUGUACUACAACACACCCGAUGACGUUACUGGUGCAUUUUCUAGAGGUGGUGUGGUCUUCUUCUCGGUUUUGUAUUUGUCUUUGAUGGGACUUGCAGAAGUGUCUAACUCUUUUAAUCAGAGGCCCAUCAUGUUGAAGCACCACAACUACUCCUUAUAUCAUCCAGCAGCAUGUUCGGUCGCUGAUGCCAUUACUGCCAUUCCGAUCACCACUUUGAUCAGUAUUGUCUUUACCCUUAUCCUUUACUUCCUCGCUAAUCUUAAGAGGGACGCCGGUGCUUAUUUUACUUUCUUGUUGAUUUCCACCUUGGUUUCGUUGUGCAUGAAUGGUCUUUUCAAGGCUGUGUCGGCUUGGAACAAGACAAUCUCAGCUGCUAACUCGUUUGCAGGUGUCUUGAUUUUGGCCGCUUUGAUGUACUCCUCUUUCAUGAUUCAAAGACAAUCCAUGAGAGUUUACUUCAAGUGGAUCUCAUACAUCAACCCCGUCCUCUACGGUUUUGAAGCUAUGAUUACCACGGAGUUCCACGGAAGAGAGAUGCCCUGUGUAUCAAACUACCUUGUUCCAAGCGGAGAAGGUUAUGAUCCUGCUGAUGCAUCUUGUGCCUUUGCAGGUGCAGCCCCUGGUGAUACGAUCGUGAGCGGCGAUAGUUAUGUUGAGCAAGCCUUCACAUACAGUUUCAGCCAUGUUUGGAGAAACUUCGGUAUCUUGAUUGGUUUCUAUGUCUUCUUCUUAGUGGUUGCCGCCAUUGGUUUCGAAGUGAUUCGCCCAGUCUCUGGUGGAGUUGAUAGAUUGUUUUUCUUGCGUGGAAAGAAGCCCAGCCAUAUCCUCACAGCCGAUGAAAAGGCUAAUGUCGAUGUGGAGGAGGGUCCUGCAAUGGAUGCUGAUUUGGAGAAAGUGAAGCGCCAAAGUACAUCCAGUGAUGAUAACUCUGCCUUGGCUGACUUGAAGUCGAAAGAUCUUUUCUGUUGGAAGCAAGUCGACUAUGUCAUUCCCUAUGACGGCGGUGAAAGGAAACUUUUGGACAGUGUUUCCGGAUUCUGCGUACCAGGUAAGUUAACUGCAUUGAUGGGUGAGUCUGGUGCCGGAAAAACCACUUUGUUGAACGUCUUGGCUCAAAGAAUUGAUAUGGGUGUUAUCACGGGCGAUAUUUUGGUUAAUGGCAAGCCGCUUGAUGGCUCUUUCAGUCGUCGUACUGGUUACGUUCAACAACAGGACAUUCAUUUAUCUGAGGCAACCGUGAGAGAAGCACUUAGAUUCUCUGCGCAAACCAGAAGGGCAAACGAUGUUUCCGACGAAGAGAAUUGGGUGCGCAGCAAGGUUAUGAAACUAUUGGACGGUCUUGGUGUGGAAAUGCGGUUGGUGCUCACGGGAACUCCGAUCCAGAAUGACUUGAAUGAGUUCUACACAAUCGCCAACUUUAUAAAUCCUGGCAUUUUGGGGUCUCUGGCAGACUUCCAGAAGCGCUUUGCCAGGCCCAUUCUACGAGCUCGUGAUGUCAACUGCCUGAGCAGGGAUAUUAUCAAGGAAGGACGGAAAGUGUCCAACGAGUUGAUUGAAAUCACAAAGAGCUUUACGCUCCGAAGAACACAGAACGUCAUCAGCUCGUUUUUGACGAGAAAAACCGAUGUUUUGCUUUUCUGUCCGCCUACCAAGCUCCAAAAGUCUCUCUUCAAGCUUGUGCUCGGUUCGUCCAACUUCAACAAAAUCAUCAAUUCUGACCCCAGAGAUGUUCUUGCGUUGAUUAUGGUGUACAGAAAGAUUUGCAAUUCUCCGUCUUUGCUAGCGAAGGAUUCCUUCUUUAGUACACUUCUAGGCACCGAGGCCCGGAAACAGCUUGACCCAGCAUCCCUCACGACACGAACUACAGGCAGCAAGAUUAAUGUGCUUGUUCCCCUCCUUCUUGAGUUCAAGAAACUCGACGAAAAGACCGUUCUUGUUUCAAACUUCACCCAGACUUUGGACUUCCUCGCGACAGUUCUUCUGAAACUCAAUAUUCAGUUCGUCCGGCUCGACGGCUCGAGUGCUAGCAAUACUCGUGAUAAGCUUGUCAGUGAUUUUCAUAAAGCGGAAGGAUUUACAGUCUUUCUCCUACUGGCUAAAGCUGGUGGUGUUGGUUUGAAUCUUGUCGGUGCAUCUAGACUAGUACUUUUCGAUAACGAUUGGAACCCUUCAGUGGAUCUUCAAGCAAUGGCCAGAAUCCACAGAGACGGACAAAAGAAGCCGGUGUACAUCUACAGACUUUUCACCACGGGCUGUAUUGAUGAGAAGAUUUUCCAGAGACAACUCAUGAAGGGUACGCUCAGUGACAUGUUUCUCGAUGACAAGUCUGAAUCGUCGCUGAAUAUCUUCGACUUUGAAGAUCUCAAGGACCUAUUCAAUGUUGCCGAUACCAACUGCAACACCCAUGACUUGAUUGAAUGUCCAUGUUCAGGCGAAGGCGAAAGUCUUGAAUCGUCCCAAAAGCAAGCUACACAAGACGACACUGACGAGGACGACGACUUGCCGUCUCUGGGCUGGAUGAGCGCUCUGGAUCUACACAAAAUGGCUCCAGAUAACAAUGCAAAAAAGCAGUCCAUCAGGUUGGCAUUAUCCCACUACAAGCACUUUGACCCUACGGAGUGUGACUCUAGCGUGGAUGUUCUGGACGAGGUUGUCAACAACGUCUAUUAA